GGAGCUUUAGCUUAUCAGGAAAGAUCUUUACACUUUAACCUAAUUCUUCUGCAGGCAGAAGUGGGGAAGCCCCAGAGAAACUGCUACAACCUGCCAGGCUUUGGUUUUUCAUAUGGACUGUACAUCCACGGGACAGAUGGAGGAGUCCGUGAAGCAAUAGGCCACUGGAACACAGUAAAGCCCAGGACUCCUUCAGCUCCGAUCAUGCCCCGAGACUUCAUCACCAUGAACCGUGGUGCUCUGAAGGCUGGUUAUACCACAGCGCGUGAAUAUAAUUUGUACUACAAGGCCAAGGACAUUCGGUGCAAAAAAGAAGAAUACAUUUCCUUCAAGAGAUGUUCUCCUAAAGCACCUGCAGACUUGACUUACGGCAGCCCACCACGGCCUUCCACUCCCUUUUUUGACCUCCUUCAGCACAAAUACAAGGAGCUGUGGAUGGAGCAUCAGAGAGCCCUGACAAUGGCCCUGCGAACGCAGAAGAAAAAGUCACGGAAAGAAAAAGUGCGUGAAACUCGCACCACAAUGCUGCGAAAACAGCCACCACCUGAAAAGGAGGAGUCCUUCUGGCACCUGCCCCACUUCGAGAAGGUUGGGCCUCAUCUCAGUACUUUUCCAGACUGUGAUGCUCGUAAAAAGGCAUUCAGUGCCUCCCAUUGA